AGGGAGAGGGUUUAAAACGAGUCGUAGUUCCGUUAAGGACGCGUCAUUUCCGUGCUACCAACUGGCGGGACUUCUUCACAUGGUGGAAGUUGGGAGCAGGUUGUUUACAGACGUUAAAAGCUUAUUUUUACGCUCAAAAAGCUGUCAAAACAUGAUGGCAACAAACGGAAAAGACUGCCGAGGGCUGAAGCACGACGUGUCCGUGCCCUCAAACGGGAGCUGUGAGGAAUUCGCUGCGAUGAACGGGACAGCCACGGAGGUGGAGACCCCUUCCAACGGUGCAGAAGUUCGGCCGCAGAGGUUCACCUUCAGCCCGGAGCCCAGCAUGGAGGAUAUCCGGAGGAUGCAGGCCGAGUUCACGGACGAGCGGGACUGGAAUAAGUUCCACCAGCCCCGCAAUCUGCUCCUGGCUAUGGUCGGAGAGGUUGGCGAGGUGGCGGAGCUCUUCCAGUGGCGAGGGGAGGCGGCGGAGGGUCUGCCGGACUGGACCGAGACCGAGCGGGAGCAGCUGGCGCACGAACUGAGCGACGUGCUGAUCUACCUGGUGGAGCUGGCCGAGAAAUGCCGCGUCGACCUUCCCCAAGCGGUGCUCCGCAAAAUGGCUCUUAACCGACUGAAAUAUCCCGCAAGCAAGGUGCACGGCUCGGCCAAAAAAUACACGGAAUACAAGGACUGAGCUGAAGUUCAGGGUGAGGAGACUUCCGAUGUUUCUGGAGCUGAUUUCUGAACUCCCUGCAAAGCUGCUGCACAACGUCUCCAUCUUAUGGGUCAAUGACAUUGUUCUGGGUCAGUCUGUUGAAUACCAAGGAUGCGGUUGUUCUACAAAAAUGCAACUUUACGUUUCAUUUCCUGAGACACACUGGAAACAUGUCUGCUUCCAAUCGUUUAAACUCGAGUUUGUUUCCUGUAGGUGUGACGCAAAGUUUUUUGGAGGACAGGGAAGAAGAUAUUUCCCCCUGUUCAUUUUAUAGCUGCAUUUUAAUAAGUUAUAUUGGUUUCGUUAUAAAGAUAACAGUUUAGAUAAAAACAAUCAAAGGAGUUGGAACCACAACUAACAUAGAAAUCUUACAAGCAACUAGUUAUUAUUAUAAUAUUUUUUUUUCUUAAAUUUUCUCAUCUGAUUAAACAUUUUCCUCCAAUCUGAACUGAUUUCUAUUCUUUCCAACAGUAAAAGUUACUUAAAAUCUG